GGAAUUAAAGCUCCAAAACUGGAAAGACAAAACAGCAAGAAUGGAUUUAAAUACAUGCAAAAUUGGGAGGUCGUCAGUGCCAUCCGAGAGAUGUUAAGUGUAACAUAAUGCGUUUGGUACUUUUGCGUCUUGUGACGUGUUUUCUAUUAAUCAAGGCUUCUUGGCAGGCUUGCACAUCAUGCCAAAAAGCCGAAGAGAAAAUCUUAAAUUGCUACGGCAAAUACUUCCAUUGUGUCAAUGAAACACAUUUCUAUCAAUGUUCAAACUACGGACCAAUAACACUCGCCUUUUCAAGUCAAACGAUUCAACAAUGUCCGGUUGGCCUGAUUUGUAGUAAUGCCAACCAAUGGGAGUGCGUCGAGCCUUCCGAAAGCAGCACUACAACGGAGUGUCCACCAGAAGAAACUUCAACGGUGACUACGACGACAACCGCAAAAGGUGCAAUAACUAGAAGCCCCGAUGUAACACAAACGAGUGAGGAGUCAACUACUUCUACUACUGUUUCAACAACCCAAGAAGUAUCUAAUCAAAAUUCAAGUAUAACUGAAUCAAAUGAAUCCUCGUCAGCAGUGACAACCACUGAAGGGUCUACUAGAACCAGCGAAUCCUUAGCACCGAGCACAACAACAAAUGGAAAUACGGUAACCAAUCAGUCUUCUUCUGAAAACACAUCAACUGAAGGAACCACUGAUGAUUCAAACGGUAAUACCUCAACUUCGAGCUCUACCACCAAGGCAUCCACUGGAACUAGCCAGUCAUCUUCUGACAGUACCUCAACUGACAAAACAACUGAUGAAAACAAUGGUGAAUCUUCCCCAUCGAGUUCUACCACCAAAGCAUCCACUGGAACCAGCCAAUCAUCGUCUGAGACUACCUCAAAUGACGAAACAACAGAUGAAAACAAUGGUGAAUCUUCUACAUCGAGCUCUACCACCAAAGCAUCCACUGGAACUAGCCAAUCGUCCACUGAGGGUACCUCAACUGACGAAACAACUGAUGAAAACAAUGGUGAAUCCUCAACUUCGAGCUCUACCACCAAAGCAUCCACUGGAACUAGCCAAUCGUCCUCUGAGAGUACCUCAACUGACGAAACAACUGAUGAAAACAAUGGUGAAUCCUCAACUUCGAGCUCUACCACCAAAACAUCCACUGGAACUAGCCAAUCGUCCACUGAGGGUACCUCAACUGACGAAACAACUGAUGAAAACAACGGUGAAUCCUCAACUUCGAGCUCUACCACCAAAGCAUCCACUGGAACUAGCCAAUCGUCCACUGAAAGUACCUCAAAUGACGAAACAACUGAUGAAAACAAUGGUGAAUCUUCCACAUCAAGCUCUACCACCAAGGCAUCCACUGGAACUAGCCAAUCGUCCACUGAGAGUACCUCAAAUGACGAAACAACUGAUGAAAACAAUGGUGAAUCUUCCACAUCAAGCUCUACCACCAAGGCAUCCACUGGAACUAGCCAAUCGUCCACUGAGAGUACCUCAACUGACGAAACAACUGAUGAAAACAAUGGUGAAUCCUCAACUUCGAGCUCUACCACCAAAGCAUCCACUGGAACUAGCCAAUCGUCCUCUGAGAGUACCUCAACUGACGAAACAACAGAUGAAAACAAUGGUGAAUCCUCAACUUCGAGCUCUACCACCAAAGCAUCCACUGGAACUACCCAAUCAUCCACUGAGGGUACCUCAACUGACGAAACAACUGAUGAAAACAACGGUGAAUCCUCAACUUCGAGCUCUACCACCAAGGCAUCCACUGGAACUAGCCAAUCGUCCUCUGAGAGUACCUCAACUGACGAAACAACAGAUAAAAACAAUGGUGAAUCCUCAACUUCGAGCUCUACCACCAAAGCAUCCACUGGAACUAGCCAAUCGUCCACUGAGGGUACCUCAACUGACGAAACAACAGAUGAAAACAAUGGUGAAUCCUCAACUUCGAGCUCUACCACCAAAGCAUCCACUGGAACUAGCCAAUCGUCCACUGAGGGUACCUCAACUGACGAAACAACAGAUGAAAACAAUGGUGAAUCCUCAACUUCGAGCUCUACCACCAAAGCAUCCACUGGAACUAGCCAAUCGUCCUCUGAGAGUACCUCAACUGACGAAACAACUGAUGAAAACAACGGUGAAUCCUCAACUUCGAGCUCUACCACCAAGGCAUCCACUGGAACUAGCCAAUCGUCCUCUGAGAGUACCUCAACUGACGAAACAACAGAUGAAAACAAUGGUGAAUCCUCAACUUCGAGCUCUACCACCAAAGCAUCCACUGGAACUAGCCAAUCGUCCACUGAGGGUACCUCAACUGACGAAACAACUGAUGAAAACAACGGUGAAUCCUCAACUUCGAGCUCUACCACCAAGGCAUCCACUGGAACUAGCCAAUCGUCCUCUGAGAGUACCUCAACUGACGAAACAACUGAUGAAAACAACGGUGAAUCCUCAACUUCGAGCUCUACCACCAAAGCAUCCACUGGAACUAGCCAAUCGUCCUCUGAGAGUACCUCAACUGACGAAACAACAGAUGAAAACAACGGUGAAUCCUCAACUUCGAGCUCUACCACCAAGGCAUCCACUGUAACUAGCCAAUCGUCCUCUGAGAGUACCUCAACUGACGAAACAACAGAUGAAAACAAUGGUGAAUCCUCAACUUCGAGCUCUACCACCAAAGCAUCCACUGGAACUAGCCAAUCGUCCUCUGAGAGUACCUCAACUGACGAAACAACUGAUGAAAACAACGGUGAAUCCUCAACUUCGAGCUCUACCACCAAGGCAUCCACUGGAACUAGCCAAUCGUCCUCUGAGAGUACCUCAACUGACGAAACAACAGAUAAAAACAAUGGUGAAUCCUCAACUUCGAGCUCUACCACCAAAGCAUCCACUGGAACUAGCCAAUCGUCCACUGAGGGUACCUCAACUGACGAAACAACUGAUGAAAACAACGGUGAAUCCUCAACUUCGAGCUCUACCACCAAGGCAUCCACUGGAACUAGCCAAUCGUCCUCUGAGAGUACCUCAACUGACGAAACAACAGAUGAAAACAAUGGUGAAUCCUCAACUUCGAGCUCUACCACCAAAGCAUCCACUGGAACUAGCCAAUCGUCCACUGAGGGUACCUCAACUGACGAAACAACAGAUGAAAACAAUGGUGAAUCCUCAACUUCGAGCUCUACCACCAAAGCAUCCACUGGAACUAGCCAAUCGUCCUCUGAGAGUACCUCAACUGACGAAACAACAGAUGAAAACAAUGGUGAAUCCUCAACUUCGAGCUCUACCACCAAGGCAUCCACUGUAACUAGCCAAUCAUCGUCUGAGACUACCUCAAAUGACGAAACAACAGAUGAAAACAACGGUGAAUCUUCCACAUCGAGCUCUACCACCAAGGCAUCCACUGGAACUAGCCAAUCGUCCUCUGAGAGUACCUCAACUGAUGAAACAACUGACGAAAACAACGGUGAAUCCUCAACUUCGAGCUCUACCACCAAGGCAUCCACUGUAACUAGCCAAUCAUCGUCUGAGACUACCUCAAAUGACGAAACAACAGAUGAAAACAACGGUGAAUCUUCCACAUCGAGCUCUACCACCAAGGCAUCCACUGGAACUAGCCAAUCGUCCUCUGAGAGUACCUCAACUGAUGAAACAACUGACGAAAACAACGGUGAAUCCUCAACUUCGAGCUCUACCACCAAGGCAUCCACUGUAACUAGCCAAUCAUCGUCUGAGACUACCUCAAAUGACGAAACAACAGAUGAAAACAACGGUGAAUCUUCCACAUCGAGCUCUACCACCAAGGCAUCCACUGGAACUAGCCAAUCGUCCACUGAGAGUACCUCAACUGACGAAACAACUGAUGAAAACAACGGUGAAUCCUCAACUUCGAGCUCUACCACCAAAGCAUCCACUGGAACUAGCCAAUCGUCCUCUGAGAGUACCUCAACUGACGAAACAACUGAUCAAAACAACGGUGAAUCCUCAACUUCGAGCUCUACCACCAAGGCAUCCACUGGAACUAGCCAAUCGUCCACUGAGAGUACCUCAACUGACGAAACAACUGAUGAAAACAACGGUGAAUCCUCAACUCCGAGCUCUACCACUAAAGCAUCCACUGGAACUAGCCAAUCGUCCACUGAGAGUACCUCAACUGACGAAACAACUGAUGAAAACAAUGGCGAAUCUUCCACAUUGAGCUCUACCACCAGAGCAUCCACUGGAACUAGCCAAUCGUCCUCUGAGAGUACCUCAACUGACGAAACAACUGAUGAAAACAACGGUGAAUCCUCAACUUCGAGCUCUACCACCAAGGCAUCCACUGAAACUAGCCAAUCGUCCACUGAGAGUACCUCAACUGACGAAACAACUGAUGAAAACAACGGUGAAUCCUCAACUCCGAGCUCUACCACUAAAGCAUCCACUGGAACUAGCCAAUCGUCCACUGAGAGUACCUCAACUGACGAAACAACUGAUGAAAACAACGGUGAAUCCUCAACUUCGAGCUCUACCACCAAGGCAUCCACUGAAACUAGCCAAUCGUCCACUGAGAGUACCUCAACUGACGAAACAACUGAUGAAAACAAUGGCGAAUCUUCCACAUUGAGCUCUACCACCAGAGCAUCCACUGGAACUAGCCAAUCGUCCUCUGAGAGUACCUCAACUGACGAAACAACUGAUGAAAACAACGGUGAAUCCUCAACUUCGAGCUCUACCACCAAGGCAUCCACUGAAACUAGCCAAUCGUCCACUGAGAGUACCUCAACUGACGAAACAACUGAUGAAAACAACGGUGAAUCCUCAACUUCGAGCUCUACCACCAAGGCAUCCACUGGAACUAGCCAAUCGUCCACUGAGAGUACCUCAACUGACGAAACAACUGAUGAAAACAACGGUGAAUCCUCAACUCCGAGCUCUACCACUAAAGCAUCCACUGGAACUAGCCAAUCGUCCACUGAGAGUACCUCAACUGACGAAACAACUGAUGAAAACAAUGGCGAAUCUUCCACAUUGAGCUCUACCACCAGAGCAUCCACUGGAACUAGCCAAUCGUCCUCUGAGAGUACCUCAACUGACGAAACAACUGAUGAAAACAACGGUGAAUCCUCAACUUCGAGCUCUACCACCAAGGCAUCCACUGAAACUAGCCAAUCGUCCACUGAGAGUACCUCAACUGACGAAACAACUGAUGAAAACAACGGUGAAUCCUCAACUUCGAGCUCUACCACCAAAGCAUCCACUGGAACUAGCCAAUCGUCCUCUGAGAGUACCUCAACUGACGAAACAACUGAUCAAAACAACGGUGAAUCCUCAACUUCGAGCUCUACCACCAAGGCAUCCACUGGAACUAGCCAAUCGUCCACUGAGAGUACCUCAACUGACGAAACAACUGAUGAAAACAACGGUGAAUCCUCAACUCCGAGCUCUACCACCAAAGCAUCCACUGGAACUAGCCAAUCGUCCACUGAGGGUACCUCAACUGAUGAAACAACUGAUCAAAACAACGGUGAAUCCUCAACUUCGAGCUCUACCACCAAGGCAUCCACUGGAACUAGCCAAUCGUCCACUGAGGGUACCUCAACUGACGAAACAACUGAUGAAAACAAUGGCGAAUCUUCCACAUUGAGCUCUACCACCAGAGCAUCCACUGGAACUAGCCAAUCGUCCUCUGAGAGUACCUCAACUGACGAAACAACUGAUCAAAACAACGGUGAAUCCUCAACUUCGAGCUCUACCACCAAAGCAUCCACUGGAACUAGCCAAUCGUCCACUGAGGGUACCUCAACUGACGAAACAACUGAUGAAAACAAUGGCGAAUCUUCCACAUCGAGCUCUACCACCAGAGCAUCCACUGGAACUAGCCAAUCGUCCUCUGAGAGUACCUCAACUGACGAAACAACUGAUGAAAACAACGGUGAAUCCUCAACUCCGAGCUCUACCACUAAAGCAUCCUCUGGAACUAGCCAAUCGUCCACUGAGAGUACCUCAACUGACGAAACAACUGAUGAAAACAAUGGCGAAUCUUCCACAUUGAGCUCUACCACCAGAGCAUCCACUGGAACUAGCCAAUCGUCCUCUGAGAGUACCUCAACUGACGAAACAACUGAUGAAAACAACGGUGAAUCCUCAACUUCGAGCUCUACCACCAAAGCAUCCACUGGAACUAGCCAAUCGUCCUCUGAGAGUACCUCAACUGAUGAAACAACUGAUCAAAACAACGGUGAAUCCUCAACUUCGAGCUCUACCACCAAAGCAUCCACUGGAACUAGCCAACCGUCCACUGAGGGUACCUCAACUGACGAAACAACUGAUGAAAACAAUGGUGAAUCCUCAACUUCGAGCUCUACCACUAAAGCAUCCACUGGAACUAGCCAAUCGUCCUCUGAGAGUACCUCAACUGACGAAACAACAGAUGAAAACAAUGGUGAAUCUUCCACAUCAAGCUCUACCACCAAGGCAUCCACUGGAACUAGCCAAUCGUCCACUGAGAGUACCUCAACUGAUGAAACAACGGAUGAAAACAACGGUGAAUCCUCAACUUCGAGCUCUACCACUAAAGCAUCCACUGGAACUAGCCAAUCGUCCACUGAGAGUACCUCAACUGACGAGACAACUGAUGAAAACAAUGGUGAAUCCUCAACUUCGAGCUCUACCACUAAAGCAUCCACUGGAACUAGCCAAUCGUCCACUGAGAGUACCUCAACUGACGAGACAACUGAUGAAAACAAUGGUGAAUCCUCAACUUCGAGCUCUACCACUAAAGCAUCCACUGGAACUAGCCAAUCGUCCACUGAGAGUACCUCAACUGACGAGACAACUGAUGAAAACAAUGGUGAAUCUUCCACAUCGAGCUCUACCACCAGAGCAUCCACUGGAACUAGCCAAUCGUCCACUGAGAGUACCUCAACCGACGAAACAACUGAUGAAAACAAUGGUGAAUCCUCAACUUCGAGCUCUACCACUAAAGCAUCCACUGGAACUAGCCAAUCGUCCACUGAGAGUACCUCAACUGACGAGACAACUGAUGAAAACAAUGGUGAAUCCUCAACUUCGAGCUCUACCAGCAAGGCAUUCACUGGAACUAGCCAAUCGUCCACUGAGAGUACCUCAACUGAUGAGACAACUGAUGAAAACAACGGUGAAUCCUCAACUUCGAGCGCUACCACCAAAGCAUCCACUGGAACUAGCCAAUCUUCAUCUGAAACCACUUCAACUGAGGACUCAACCGGUGGUUCCUCUAUCGCAAGUUCUACCACUGGUAGUUCAAGUACCUCAUCAGAGGUUACAACGAAUUCUUCUGCUACAACUACAAUUACAGACGGAACUACCGAGACCUCGACAACAACCUCUCUAUUUAGAUGUGAGAAAUCUGGGAAAUAUCCAGAUACAACUGAUUGUUCAGGUUACCAUUUAUGUAUUAACGUGCUAGGGCAUAUAAUUGAUUUAGCUGGCGAAUGUCCAAAGGGCACGAUGUUUGACAGUAACAGUUUAACUUGCACAACGUCUCCGGUACAAUGCCCUGGAGAAACCCAACUGAAUUGCACUGUUAGUGGCACAUUUGCACACCCUGAGAAGUGCAACCAAUAUUAUUCGUGCAGCUUCAACUACAUUUAUGAUAGAUGGGAUCUAAAGCAGUACUUGUGCCCAAUGAACCAGACUUACGAUGAAACUCAACAAACUUGCGUCACUUCGGCUGGAUGCUCCCCUGAUAGCGCUGAAGAGUUUCAAUGCACUGACGUGGGAUCAUAUCCAUAUGAAUACAACUGUCAAAACUUUUAUGAAUGUGCAUUGGCAAGUAACGGUACUUUGGUGAAAAACCUUAAGACAUGCGGAAAUAAUGCUCUGUAUGAUAGAGCGAGAAGGAAGUGCAGAAUUAGGUGCUUGGUCACCAACUGCCCUUAUAACAGUAUUGAUUUACAAUAAUACUCUGAGUUCCGGCCUAUUAACUGCUAACCUAUUGUUGAUAUUGUUUUAGUUUAAGUAUUUGUUAUUUUCUGGAUAAAUUAAAUUAUGUAUGUAUUUA